AUGAAGUCUACUCAUCCAGAGCCGAUCUCCCUAGACGUGGCGUGGCAUAUCUUCAAUCACAGCGAACCCCAUGUCCAGUCCGGGUUCACGCGAUGCUCGCGCACUUGGCAUUCGUUCUUCAACCCCAAGCUUUACCGAAAUGAUGUGAAAACGGGAAAGUACUAUGCCGUUUUCAACACCAUUGCCAACUGUACAGAUACGCGGGUGGCCCUCGCCACGCUCCGGCAUACCUUCCAAGCCGGCGCUGACUACAAAAAACCAGCAACCAUGUAUAUGACCGAGAGCCAUCGAUAUAGCCCUUUCCUCGUUACGGCCCUGUAUCUGGCCGCUUCCAAAGGCUAUGAUGACAUUGUGUCGUUUCUCCUUGAUCACGGUGCCGAUAUCGAUGGGGUCCCGGACUGCCGAUUACGUACUCCCGUCUUCCUAUCUCUUCUCGGCGGAGACGCCAGGACGUCCAUGGUUCUCCUUCGGCGCGGCGCACGGCUUGAGUCUUCUGAGUUUGGCAUCAACGCUCUCCACCAAGCCGCCGCCGCCGGGCUCACCGAAGUGAUCACGUACCUUGUCGACGAGAAAGGGAUGGAAGUGAACGAGGCCGACAACAACGGGGACACGCCACUGAUUCACUCCCUGUUGUCUCC